AUGCAAACUAUCUAUCUAUCUAUCUAUCUGAGACUUUUGAUUUUGUUUCGUUUCUCUCUCAUUUCUUCUUUGAAGUGUUUGUCGGUCGCAAACAUAGCGUACAUUUUCCUCUAUCUGUACCUAGGCCACGUUUUCCUUUCUCCCCCUACUCGUUCUCUCUUUUAUUCAUCGACUUUCCUCUCUCUCUCUCUCUCUCUCUCUAUCUAUCUAUCUAUCUAUCUAUCUAUCUAUCUAUCUAUCUAUCUAUCUAUCUAUCUAUUUUUCCUCUUUCUCUAUAUCUUUCUUUCUUUCUUUCUUUCUUUCUUUCUUUCUUCCACUCUUCCUGUCGUUGUUUUAUUUUUCUCUAUUUUCUCGCCUUCUCUCUUUUCUCUCAAAACCACCUUUCCUUUUUUUUUCUCUUUGGUCUCCUUCGCUUUGACCCUUACUCUUUCUUUUUUCCUCUCUUUCUAUAUUUCUUUUUUAUCACUUCCUCUUUUUUCUGCUUCUACGACUCUUUCUUUCUUUCUUUCUUUCUUUCUUUCUUUCUUUCUUUCUUUCUUUCUUUCUUUCUUUCUAGUUCUCUUCUUUCUCGGCUUUAUCUUUUUCUUCUUACUCGAUUUAACUUUCUCCUCUACUUUCUUUUUUGCUUUUCGAUCUUUCUUUCUUUCUUUCUUUCUUUCUUUCUUUCUUUCUUUCUUUCUUUCUAGUUCUCUUCUUUCUCGGCUUUUUCUUUUUCUUCUUACUCGAUUUAACUUUCUCCUCUACUUUCUUUCUUGCUUUUCGAUCUUUCUUUCUUUCUUUCUUUCUUUCUUUCUUUCUUUCUUUCUUUCUUUCUUUUUCUUAUCUCGUUUUGUCACUAAAUUCCUCCAUUUUGUUUUGCUUUCUCUUUCGCUUGCUUUUAUUAUAUUCGUUUUUUUUUUCGUCUCUCUCGCUCCCUCUCCCUUCCUACCUCUCUCUGUCAUUCACUUAGUCACUCUUUCACUCAACCUCUGUUUCUCUCUCCUCUACUAUAUAUCUACCUAUGUAUCUAUCUAUCUCUUUCUUUGUCUCUCUUCAAUAUUUUUCUCUCUUUAUUUUCUUUGCUUCUUUCUUUCCUUAAAGAUUCUUUCUUAUCUCCAUUUCUCCCAUUUUCUUUCUUGA